UAACCACAAGGCAAGGUCUGUGACUACUCCCCAACGUACCCAGCGAACAGUAUGCUGUUGACUCCGCUCCCCUCUCCACUCCCCACUCCUUAGAGGACCCUAUCUAAGGACCCUAUCUUGCAAUGUGCUGAGUGCCCUCAGAGCCGUUUGAAGAAAAUGAGCACCUUGCAUGACUGGAGCCUAAAGCAAGCAUGGGGUAGGGUUCUUUUUUCUGUCAGUUUAGGGCCAAAUCUUGCAAAGGAAUAUGUGCCCAUGAAGUGUCCCAUUGCAGAAAGUGGGGCAGCCACAGAAUCUACUUGCGUAGACUUAAUUGCAGGAUCUGAACCUAGUGGUGGAGCUGCAGUCCUGUUAUAAACUACAGCAGCAGUGCAUGUUGAUUUUGUUUUCCUGUUGCUCUGUUAGCAAGAAUUCCUUUUGUCAUUGGGUAAAGAUUCCAAUGCCCAGCUUCUUAAUGGCACCUGAAGAGUGCCCCAACACCUCACUUAGCACACUUUGGCUUAGUUUGCUGCUGUGUGGGGGUGAAAUUCACAUCUGUGCCCAAGAGCCCAUGCAGGGCCCCUCUGCAUUGCCUAAGUUUUCCACUUAGUCCCUCAGUUUAACACUCCUUGGAGCAUAGGCUUUGCAAAGACCUUCUGUACUGGGGUGAAUUUCACACUGAGUGUGUGAGACUGUGAGAGCUUUUAAGAACAGAAUCUACAGUCUAUUUUCAGGAUUCUCUAAAUACAUGGAUCAAAAUGCAGGGUUUGUUCAAUUUAAAAAAAAAAUUGACAUUGAAUAGAAAUGUCCCCAUGGUAUCUUAGUUUUUUAAAAUCAAAAAUUGUUUUAAUUAUUUAAACAUUCCUCUAAGGUGUUACAAAUGCAAGCAGAAGACAGACUCUAAAGCUGACAAGUUUCAGUUUCCCUCUCCAAGUUUAAUGCAGUGUGACAAGUAUGCGGGGCUUACUUGAGGGGAAAUUAGAUGCAAAAACUACCACUAAUGCAGCUGUAAAGGUGAGAUUCAGGUUCAUGAUAUUCAGGAAAUUCCAGAGGUUGAGAUUUUCUACCACAAAGUGAAUGUAGCCAGAUUAACAAUCAAUACAGGAAGGCCUGGAGCCACAAAGUGUCCAUUAUAGGUUCCUUACUCUUCAGGGACUGAGCUUGAGAUGUCUUGAGGUGAUUUUAUAAACCUUUCAAGAUGACUGUUAAAAAUGUUGGCCUUGAUACUUUAAAGUGGAGAGGAGCCUGAACCUCUUUGGGACAGCAUGUGGGGCAAGGAGUUGGGGCCUGACACAGCUCUCACACAUGUCAUCUCCUUCCAGAGGAAGUUCAACAAGAUAACUUCCUUACCCUGACUCCUUAGCACUGGAGGAAUCAUAUGUAGAAGUCCCCAUGAGCACCAGUCAUGGUCAUUUCCAGAGCCCUCAAUUUGAAAAAUGGGAUCCAGUAGGAGGAAGGUGGUCAGUUGUGCUCUAGAGUCAGCUGUAGGGGAAUCUAAGAGCAGAACUAAUAAUUCAGCACCCCAAACAUCUGACAGCCCCUCUGCCUAUGAUAAACACAGUUUGGCAUGAUCCCUGAGAGGAUCACUAGCUAGUACAAUGGUUGGUACUGUAUAAAUUCUGUAGCUACUGAGAUGGCUGGCUGAGGUGAGCGAGUUUGUUUAUGGGGAGGGACCUUGCUCAUUUGGUACCUGUUCAAGGAGCACAACAUAUCUUUUUAUUAAAGGUUGUAAUCCUCUCCAGAGGCAUGUAGGAAGGGUACAACUUAUAAAUAGAAGGAUUAUGUUGCUUUCCCCUGAUAACACCGCCUCUGUUUAUUGCAUUUCAAGCAUACUUUAAUAAUGAAAGAGAAACUGAGGCUGAAGGAAGCUGGAUGAUUGGGAAUGGGUUCCAGUACUUUUUCCAUUUCAGGCUUGGGACUCUUAAGCAAAGACUGCCAACUGUACAUGAUUUUUCAGACUCUUGUGAUGUGCAAAAAUGCCUGCUAGGGCCCAAUACUAUUUUUUUGUGCAAGGAUCUCAAAGUACUGUGCUAAUUAAGCCUCGCAACCCCCAGUGGCAGAGAGAUAUUCUCCCUAUUUGUCAGAAGAGGAAACUAAGGCACAGGCUGAAUUUAAGGAAGGGCUGAGCAACCACAGCUUCCAUUGAAUGGGAGUUUCAGGUCUGCAGCACUGCUGAAAAAUCCCUUGUCUAAGACCACAGCUGGCAUCAGAAUUAGAACUCAGCAGCUCCUUGAUCUCAGGACAGUGGUUGGGCUUAAGGCCCUGGUGCGCUUCCUUGAAAUGAAGGGACUCCUACAGAGCAUCAUUCCAACUGUGUUUAUAACCCAUGUAAUAUAUGCAGAAAGCAAAGUCCAGUUGAAAAGUCCAGCAAAACACCUGCCAACUCAGCCAGAGAAAGGAUGGAAAAAGGCAUUAGCAGAUUUUUUGAAAGGAUUACCAGUUUACAACAAAAGCAACUUCAGUAGAUUUCAUGCAGACUCUGUAUGUAAAGCAUCGAACAGAAGACCGUCAGUAUAUCUUCCCACAAGGGAAUAUCCAUCUGAACAAAUCAUAGUAACAGAAAAGACAAACAUACUUUUGCGUUAUCUACAUCAGCAAUGGGACAAAAAGAAUGCAGCAAAGAAGAGAGAUCAAGAGCAAGUGGAAAUAGAAGGUGAGAAUUCAGCACCACCACGGAAAAUUGCUCGGACAGACAGCCAGGACAUGAAUGAGGACACUUAAACUCUUGCUCUCUCCUACACUAUUUUGCAGGCGCUUCCUGUUUUGUCUCAAAAUGUGUAAAUUUCCGUGCCCCUUUCCCCCCCCCCCUCCACUAUGCAGCCCAAACCACUUCUGACUUCAUAGGAGCCAAUGUAUUUAUUUUUUCUCCAGUUUUUAUUUAUGCUGUAAAACGUACGGAGCAAUCAAUGGUGGAACAAGUCAGCAAAUGAUGUAGUGUAACUUUAAUCUUUUAAAAAAACAUACAUUAUCACUUUUCCAGAUUUCAUUAAAUCUGUUGCUUAAUUAACCCAGUUUGCCAUGGAAGCCUGGAGAGGAGACAUGAAUUUACGGGAUGCAAAUUCCAGUGGUAUAGGCUUUCUGAUCCAUAUACCCACUGGUAUAUUACAGUAGUCAACUCUGUAUUGGCUGUAACCAGUCUAGCAGUAAUUUUUUUUGGGGGGGGGAGGGGGCUCAUCCGCUCUGAAAUGUGGAUCCUAAAAUCAGCACUGUACUAAGAAAUCCUGGGGGUCAUUUAGGGUUAUGUUGAUUUUAUGAAACAUGGUCAACUUGACAGAACAGUUGUGGGUUUUUUGUUCAGCAGCAUGUUAUCACACACGUCAAUGGUCAUGGAGAAUUCAAGUGACAGGUGUGUUGCUUUGGUUGCUGUUACAUUUUAACAGCCUUUUGGUCUUGAAUGGACUGGUAUGUGCAACUUCUCCAUUGGAAUAAAAAGGAUACUUCUAUCCUACUGAGUAUUUGAUCAACAGUGUCUUUAAAAUGGCACCAGGUGGAAUGGAAUUGGUAGGUCUACCUUAUAAUCUUGUUUGUUAAAUUUGAAAAUCAAAUUGGGUACAGCUUGUCAUCUAGAUUGGCUAUUUCCUUUCUCUCAACCAGUGAUUCUGAAAAAUCAUAUAUUGCAUGACUGGAGCUGAGUCCAGGACUUCUGGAUGCAAAGUAGCUGAACGAAAUGAGCUUCUACAGUCUAUAUUAAAGACAGACCCUCUUUCAUUUGGACAAUGACAGUUCAGUGCCUGUCACCUGUAGCCCUUUGCUGACUAUCUUCAGUAGGAGCCAAAUACAAAACCCUCAAGAUGUCUAAGUGGAGUCAAAGGAAACCAGCAUAGUUGAUUGAAGGUGUGUGUGUGUCUCUCACUAUUGACUGUCCAUUCCGCUUUUAAUGUGAAAAGCAGAGUCUGUUGUUUUUAGGUUGAAAUCUAGAUUGUUGCCUUCCAUUGCUCUUUUCCCAGCAUCCCUGCUCAUCCGCAAAUUCUAAACAAACUGAGUCCAGAAGCCAUGUGAGCCUCUUUCUAGAAAACCCUGGGCAAGCCUAGUUCUGUUGGGAGUUUGACCGUGGUGGUUAAACUCAGAUGAAAGACUUGUGAAGACAGGGCUCAUGCCGCCACCUUCACUACUGUGUCCCAAUCAGGCCAGUGGACAGAGUAAAAGCAUGAUGGGAGUGAAAGCCAUCAGCAGCACAGUUUAUCUUAUGAGACAGGACUUUGUGAGGAGCGGGACAUAGCCUCACUUAUUGCUGCAGUUUUACAAGUAUGUACAAGGCGCUAAGCUCUGAUUCUAGUAUUAGUCAUCUCACUUUUUCAGCGAAGAUCAUUAAGUUAUUUAGACCUAAAAUUGUACCUGCCCUUAAAAUAGCUACAUUUUGCUGCAGCAGUGCCCCCUCCAGAUUAUCAGGUUAAAACACCAGCUGUGUUGGUGAGGACGAAAAUAUGGCUUUACGAUUUUGUGUUCUACUGGCAAUUGCAACUUAACAGAACUCCUUUACCCAGAGCUGUGCUGCCAAAAAAAAAGAUGCUGUCGUGUGAAAUGCGAGAAGUAAACGGAAAAUGCUGUGUUAGCUUCAAGGGCACGUGAAAAGGUUUGUCAGAUACCAAAGGAGGAAAUGGGCGUAGUGCCGAUGACAGAAGUUUAACCAAUGCUGUGUUUUUAGCUCCAUUUGAGAGUUCCAGCCUCAUUUGUCAAGCGCUGUUUAAUUCCUUACUAAGAGAGAAUUUGGAGCUUAGCUGACCUCUCUGCUACAGCAAGUGAAGUGCCAUUGAAGAGUUGGCAGUUCCAUCCUGUUCUUUACCCCCAUCUUUGUUCCCUUUACAGUAAAUGGGGCCUUGCUGGUCGCGGAGCCUUUGAAAUCUUACAAAUAAGGAUUUUUUUGUUUAAUUUACCAAACAUCUCUGCACUUCACACUCUUGGUGGGGGGGAAAUAUUUGGCAAAGAGAAAAAAAUAGUUGCCUUUAAUUUCCUGAGAGCAAGUCUGAAGCAAUGGGGAAAAAAACAGUACUUAAAAAUUCUUGUGUCCUUUCCAUCAAACUAUUGCAUUUUUGUUUUUGAUGUUAACUGUACACAAGCAGCAUGGAUUUCUGAUGCUCUCAAACAGGUAUCGUUGCAUUUUACUGAAAGUUUUGAUAGUCUUGCUCAGCUGGUCAGAGUUAUCUAAUCUGAACUGAAAGCCUCCUCCCUCACCAUCCAGUUUCCAUGCUGCUAACGGCUUGAAAAUGCCACCCUCAAGCUGCCAGACAUUCAAAAUGUUUCCACUGCUGUUUAAUACAUGUGUAUUGGGUUUGUGUUGCAUGUGAAAACCCUCCCAGCCAAUUGAUUGUCUGGUGACUUAGGCAAAUCAUACAUGAAACAGAGAUCCAGAACUUCUCCAACAGUGUUCAGUUUGUAUAAUAUGUAGCUCCUCUAAUACUUUCUGAUUAUCCUGUUACAAAGUGACUGGGAUUUAGUGACCCUUAACGGGUAUUUUGUAUAUGUCCGCAUAGUGGUAUUUUUAUUGUUUCUAGUAUUGAUGUAUAUUGUACAAAGUUUUUAUAAAACUUUAGAAGCUUGUCAAAAGGAUCAGAAGAGAAUUUUUGGAGUGAAUAGUGUGACUCUUAGCAGAAAUGGGAGCUGCAGGAACAUAUUUCCCUCUUUAUUUCAAUGAGAAGUGUAGAGGACGCUGGAUCCUAGGAAUGGCCUAGCAAGCAUCUGCUCUCCCCUGCAAGGCAGAUUGCCCCUGUACUGGAUAGCAUUGAAGGUUGUGCUGUCUCUCUGUUUAGCAGUCCCUCAGAGCGAUUGGAUGUGAUGGGUAAAUCUCAGUUAUUUCAAUGGUAACCAUUGCCUUUUUUUUUUUAAACAAAGACUGGAUGUAGUGGGCGUUAUCACAAGAUUAGUGACUGACAAGGCAAAACCAAAGAUGUCUUAAACUAACUCCAGAUAUCAAAUGUUGACUUCAGAGGAGUGUUUGAAGGGGUUUUAGUCUCUUCCCCUCCCCUGACUCCUAAUCAACUUUAAAAGGUAUUGAAGUUUGAAAGGGAAGUUGUUUAUUUUUUAAAAUAAAUAAACCUUGGCACAUGUUCCAUUCCAGUGGUCAUAAGUGGUCACAUCUGCUCUGCAAAGGCCCUAUUUAUUUGUAUCCGUGGUUGGCUCUUCAGACUUGCCAGUUGCUUUAUUUUAUCUGUGUACAUUGUUCAGUGCUCAAGACAUUUCCUUGAGCAAACACAGGAACAUGCAAAAGAACUGCAAAUACUGCUGAGGGAGGAUGAUCUGUUUUGAGUAAAACUGGCAGGCUGGUAAGGGCCACUACUGUUGGUGCUUAGAGUCUGAGAAUGUUUUCAAAUGCCGUUACUCAUAAGAGCACUGAAUCCAUACUCCGUUACAAACCAAGCUACAAUGGUGAUCAGAAACAUUGUGAAAACCCUGCUGGACGGGGUGUGUUUGUGAGGAAGAAUCGACCAGUUCCCCUGUCUGUUUAAAACUUGGGCUAGACUCUGACCUAUUUUCCCAGCCUAGCCAGGGCAUGAGGUUUUAGCCUGGGUAGGGGAUGUCUACGCUGCAAUGAAAAACUCACAGCUGGCUUAGCCUAAAGGGCUGUUUAAUUGUGCUGGAGCCCAGGCUCUAGGACCCUGCGAGGUAGGAGGUUCAUAGAGCUCAGGCUGUAGUCCAAACAGCUACACCACAAUUAAACAGCCCCUUAGCCUGAGCCCCACAAGCCCGAUCAGCUGGCAUGGGCCAGCCUUGGGUGUCUAAUUGCAGGAUAAACGUACUCUUAGAGGGCAGGGUGAAGAUUCACCAGUACUGCUAAGAUGGAACUGUUGUAACCAGGUUCACUGACAACCGCUGAUCCCCUAACACUUGUUGCUGUCGUGUAGAUUGGACCUUAAGUACCAAACCAUACAAGCUGAAAACAUGUUCAGACCCAGGUGCUGAGCGUGAUUCUGGCUGACCCUGCAGAGUGGCGUGUAAUUCUUUGAACACUGUUUACUAUGGUCUGGAGCUCCAGAGAGGAUGAGGGCCUAUGUAUCCAUCUGUAUGCUAUUUGCAUUGUUCAAAGAAAUCUCUUGUGUACAGUCUGUCACUUGGGGGAGUGGGGGGGGUUUAAGCCUACUGAAUCGAAGUACUGCUUUUUGUUUGCUUUUCUUGGGGGCUACAGGGUUUAGAAGCUCCCGGAUUCUUGUUGGUUGGUGUCUUUCUCCAGGCAUCAUGACUCUUGUGCCUUAUACAGUAAUUCAGUUGUUAACACUUGGACUGUUUCCUGUGUUGAGGCAGAAUUUUGGGGGCUUGCUGGAAAAAUCCUACAUCUGCUUCUGCAGUAGCGAGGAUUACUUUAGAGGAGCUCAUUUCAGAAUAUACCUUUUGAAAAUUGAUCUGGCUAAGCAGAAGUUGACGAUGUAGAUCGUGGACUGGUCAUACAAAUGGGCCUCGGUCAUAAGCAAAGCUGCCAUUUACCAUCUAGCAUUAGUCUGUUUAUACCACUAAUGUGACUUUAUUUUUCUGUUUAAAAGAUGUGCUUUUUUCUUUUUAGUUUUGCAACUAUACUUUAUAUAAUGGCCUUUUCUUUCUCUGAUUUAUUGACUGGCAUCUGGCACCAGGGAAGUCGGGAUUCUUGAUGAUUGUCCUCUGUAACUUUUGUGUGUUAUAACUUCCAAUGUAUAAAAAGUGUGUGUGAUUUUUGUUUUUAGAGGGCCAGGUAUAUUUGGGUUGGGGGGGAGGGCGGCGUUGAGGAUUAGGUUGAUAAACAUGCCCAAUAAAGGAUACUGCAUCAUUUGUUUACUCAAGCACAGACUAUCCUUCAAACCAUAUUGAAUGCACAGUCAGCGAUCUCCACUCAGCUGGUUCACAGAUGUAUGCGUGUCCUCCUUGUAGUGGAGAAUUUAGUCAUGGAAUCUCCUCUAAAGAUUGAUCUGGUUCGGAGCACUGUUUAGUACCACUAACCUGCUGAGAAAUGUGGGACCAAAGCCCACAUUUGCAGGUAGGCUACUUGACUUCCUUACUGCCAAUUGCAAGCUUGUGUAGAGUGGAUGCUCAUUAGAACCAUACUACGGGCUCCCUGGAUUACUCACAUUUUACAUCUACCAGCCUACGUUUCUCGUUUGAGAGGCCAGCAGCAUUGUAGCUGUCUCCUCCACAUUCAUGGAUGUGUGUGGAUUCUUCAGUGGAGUUCAACAUCACACUAGCAACAUUAGAGUUGAACUUGCACUUCUUUUCUACUCAUUCUAGUUUUCUUGUUACAAGUUUGGGAUGAAUAUUUCCUUUGGGUGUAAAGAGGACUGAACUUGGUCUGUACAGGAGAGCAACUUUGUAAUUGUGACUUUAAAAGUGGGAAUGGACAAAUGCCAACCUUCCCAUUUGUUCUGCACUAAGAUUUUUUUUUUUAAAGCAAAGCUUCUCUGCCCCCUGCCUGUGCCUGGAUGUGGCGAGUGAAAAGAUUAAUCAUAUGUACAGAUUGGCUUUUUCAUUCAAACUGAUGCAGUUUCAGUGAUGAUUCUUAGGUUCUGUAGAAGGGCAAACUACUACUGAAGGUCUUAAUGUUUUUUGGAGGAGCCCUGGUGGACUUAUCCUUUUAUGACUGAGUUCAGCUUUUAUCAGUGUAAACCUGGGAGUCACUAAUCAGCUGGUGGGAUAAAAGGGCCAUGUUGUCAAAACUUUUUUGCUUGUUUUUCAACUAAAAAUUAAUUGAUAGCAGAGGUGGGGUGGCUGAGUAAAUCAAAUGGCGUGAGUCAACCCGCACCGGGGUUCUAAUGCUGUUCAGGCCACCUGUGUACAAAUGAAGUUUUGUGUGUCACUAUCUUUCUGUCUCCUCCACCAAACAAGCACACCCUUCAACUCAAUUGGCAUUCUGUGGUGAGAGAGGAAUAUCCAGACUAGAAUAGCCGCCAUGUUGGGAGGAUGAAUCUGCUUUAACAAUGAGCUGUGCAUGGUGAGGAGGUUCACCUGCACUAGAUCUUUCUGGAGUUACUGCUUUGGCUCUCUUACGUCAGUGAAAAAGUUUAGUUUUGAGCGUGAACCGAAAUUUUCUUGCUGGGUGUAUAGUGAUGACUUUUCACUGGCCAGCUUGUUGCUUCCCAUAUUAUGAAUACUACAUUGAUAACCGGUCCCUGUAGCUGUCCAGUGCAUCCCAGUGCUGUAAUCUUGUGGUUGGUUGUUUAUAACACAAAUCUAAAUGUGUUUUUUCUUUUCUUCCUUUGGGAAGUGGAGGGAGAUCUAACAGUGUAAUUAGUCAAAUACUCUUCCUUGCUUUGCUGAGUAAUGUGUGUAUAAAGAUCGAUAUCUUCAUCCCAGAGAUACUAGCAAAGAUUGGCCAUUUAGUUAUUUAAAUACACAUGCAUACUUGGAGGAGGAGGGCAGAGUAAACUACUUCACUUGCUAGCCACCUGCUUUGUUCUGUGACGAUGGCUGUCUGGCUUGGAUUGCAGAAGAGUCCUGACAAAAAUGGAUAUUGAUUCUUCACUUAGAAGGAGAAGUGACAGAAAAUACUGCCAUGCAAUCUGAAGGAAUGAUCCGUGGUGCUUGUCGGCUCUGCAUCACCCUGCACAAUACGGCUGGGCUGGACUUCCAAAUACGUGUGUUUCUUACGACUUAGUGCAAUGUGUAUAGUUAAAAAGGCUUUACUGGGUUUUUUAUUAAGACUAAUCUACGUAGUCUCCUUGGUCAGUUGCAUGUAACAGCUGAAUGUAUGGGAUUGGGCUGUAUCUUUCUAGCCAUCCCAAAUUGCUUUUACGUCCGUUACAGUCUGUCUGGAAUACAAAAUCCCAGGAUGAUUUUUUUUUUGGCAAUACACAGUGUAUCCCUUGGAGCCUGUAUUACUUACAACCUGUCUUUCUGCUUGUGAACAAGAAAUACCUGCUGCGUUCCAACUCAACCUCUUCCCCCUUACUCUUUUUGCAAACACUGUGUCUGUGGGGCAGGGGGCAAUGUGUUCUCCUGAGGAGUUGCGUGGCGAUAGAGGGGCUGCUGUAAUGGAGCGACUGUAAAUAUUCUGUUCUAGUUGAAUGUCACAGCUGUUGGAUUUUGCAUUUAUUUUUAAACUAUUUCAUGUUUGAUACUGUGUAUAAUAAAUUUGCAGAAAGUA